AUGAGGUGCUUCAAGGGACUUUGUUCUCAGUGGAUCUGGGGAUGGGCUCUUCUAGAGAUUGUCGCGGCUGCCUCCUUCACUCCCCUUCUCCCUCCCUCAUAUCCACUCGCUGUUCGCAGCCCUUACCUAUCUUCUUGGCUUCCAGGAAACCAGGCAGCAAACCUUCCUUCCAGUUCGCCUCAGUUUUGGUACGGAAAUAAUCUUACGUGGUCGGUCAUUGCUCGCGUCGAUGGCCAGGCAUACAGUCUUUUUGGAGUCCCGGAUUCGCUCGAGGGCAUCCAGGCUGCUACUGUCACAGGUGGCAACUAUACGUCGACGCACAGCAUCUUCACGUUGACUGCGGGAUCGAAGAGUUUCACGCUGGACUUUCUGUCGCCUGUCUCCCCGACCAACCUCGUGCGCCAAUCUCUGCCAUUUUCUUAUCUCACAGUGUCAGUUAACGGGGGAUCGCGCAAUGAAUCUGUCCAAAUUUAUUCGGAUAUCGAUUCCUCCUGGACUGGCCGGCCGGAUAGCGCAGCUUGGGAGUUCUCAAAAAUCAACACUACCUCCGUGUUUCAGCUGAACCCUGUUGGAGAAGCCAUAUUUUCGGAAAAUGCCCAAGAACAAGCGCUCUGGGGUGAAACAGUCUAUGCCACCCGCGCUUCACAUGGAGACACCCUCUCCUCUGCUUCUGGCCCAUUGUCUGCUAUCCGAUCACAAUUUAUUGCCAAGGGGUCUCUGGCUGAUACCCAUGCAAAUUGGACAUCGGAUGGUGUCGUAGCAUUUACGCAUGAACUGGGAACAGUUGCAGGGGAUACCUCGGUUACAUUUGCCAUUGGGCAUGUGCGUGAGCAGGCCAUCAACUACCUUGGAAAUGCGCAGACUGCGUACUACCGAGCGAUCUAUCCCAAUACCACAUCAGCCGUCUCCCAUUUCCUCGACGACUAUGUGGAAGCGGCAGAUGAGGCGACCAAGAUGGAUACUUUGAUACAAAAAGGCGGAGAGUCAUCGUACGGUACUAAUUACUCCGAUAUACUUGCACUCUCUCUUCGACAAAUCUACGGUGGAAUGGAGCUCACUAUUCCCGAUGACACCCUAGACACCCAAGAUGCGAGGGCCUUCAUCAAAGAGAUCUCUAGUGACGGUAAUAUCAACACCGUCGAUGUCAUCUACGCAUCCUUCCCAAUCUUCUAUGCCUUGAGCCCCGACUACAUCAGACUCCUGCUACGACCCAUCUUCGAGUACAUGGAUAACAAAAACUACACCGAAGACUACGCAGUCCACGAUAUAGGUACCCAUUAUCCAAACGCCACGGGCCACAAUCCUAAGGGCGAGAUCAUGCCGGUCGAGGAAAGCGGGAACAUCUUGAUCAUGGCCUAUGCCUACGAAUUAGCGACCAACAAAACCGAUAUCUCAAGCACGUACUCAUCCCUUCUGACCAAAAGCGCCCAGUAUCUGGAAGCACACGGGAAAUACCCCGAGGCGCAGCUAUCCCUCAACGACGCACUCGGCAAGAUAGCCAACCAAACCAAUCUGGCCAUGAAAGCUGCCAGCGGACUUGCUUCCUACGGACAAAUGACCUCGCAAGCCAACUACACGAAUGCCGGGAAAUCUCUCGCCGAUGCACUCUACAACGGUCGACUGGGCACAGAUCCUAAUGGGACCUACUUUACCAUCCAGUACGGUAGCAACUCAUGGUUCCUUGUAUACAACCACUAUGCGGACGUCCUGUUCUCCCUCGACCUCUUCCCCGAAGAAGCAUACAACGCCACCACAGCCUUCUACCCUACCGUGCGCAAACCCGCGGGGGUAGCACUGGAUGCCGAUAUCAACUGGGGGCAAACGAACUGGCAGGGGUUUGUGGCUGCAACUGUCACGGGAGAAGCCAGAGACAUGUUCAUCGCAGAUAUGCAUGCCUACAUUGCGAAUGGGCUCAACGGGGUACCGUUUUCGGACCGCUACUGGGUCAAAAGCAAUACCGCCGGGACGGCUGGGGAGUUCUUCUCGUUCCGGGCUCGACCCGCCCUGGGAAGCCACUAUGCGUUGAUGGCACUGCAAGGUGCGAACCAGUGGUCAUUGGCUAUAUAG